AUGUCAUGUCAUCAUAAGGACCCACGACCUAACAUCUUUUCCCAUCAAAAACGGCGGACACUUGGAGUUUGUGCUGAUUUCGAAUUCAUCACUGAAUAUUCCCAUGUCUUUGGAGUUUCGAAACCAUGCGAAACCAACUUGGUUGACUCACUUUGCGGAGUUGUUGAGACUUCAGCUUUUCAUCCUCUUGUCACGGCCUCACCGCAUUGUUUUCAGCCCAAAACUGUUUGCGGUGUCCGCCGUGCGUGGGUGGUCGCAUGGAAAGCCCUCCAGAUCGACGCAGCGAAGGUGACCCCCACUGGUUGCCCGAUGGCAGUCACGUUCGGCUGCAGCACCUGGUCGCCGCUGCGCAACUUAACGGGCGCACGGGCGUGGUACAAAGCUUUGACGCUGAACAGUGGGCUCAUCACGUGCACUUGA